AAACCUUUAAUUGAAUUUUUGGGGUAUAAAUUUACUUCAAUUUCGUAAGUGAAACAGACCUUCUGAGACAAAAUGAAACUGCAAACGCUAACAAUUGCAGGAUGCUGUUUAAUGAUUUUCAUUUCUCCAUUAAUAGCAGAGCCGGUACACAACAAUGAUGAGCAAGAUAUAAGUCAUAUAAUUCAAAGACGUGAUGCCCAACUUGCUAUUAGCAAGAGAAGCACGUCAAACAUUGUCGAUAUCAGCAUGUUCACAGACAGCUCAGCUCCUGGAAAGGCAUAUUCUGUGUUUGUUGAUAACACAAUGACAAGACUUAUCAUAGAAGUUAAAGUUGAAAGAUCCAACCCUGUAAUCAUGCUAGCAAAACCCUCCGGUAUACCAGGGCCUCAUUAUAAACUAAAUGGAACAGCCAGUGCUGGAAUAGUGACCGCGACAAUAGACGUUGCCAUAACUUCGGCAGAUUAUGGAAUAUGGAAGCUUAACAAACUGGAUGCAAACACCUGGAAUGUAAAAAUUCAAGGAGAAAGUUCACUAGAUUUUAUAUAUCAGUUUUUAUCAGGACGUUUUAUACAAGUCCCACUUAUAGGAGAUCCAGUACAAGGUGAGACCUACAAGACAGUGUUAACUGUCGCUGACUUCACAAAAGCUAAAUCAGUUGAUGUUGUACAAAUAUUUGUAUUUGAGAAAUAUACCGCGGCAAAUAUGAUGUUUCCGACAGACAAAGGAAAUGGGACGUAUGAAGUUGCUAAUCUGCAAAUGCUUGACAGGGACUUUAUGAUAGGAAUAAAUGGAAAGGAUAACUCUGGGAAUGUUUUCCGGCGGAUCAAAACCAUAAACCCGAUUGCUCUAUUGCUCUCAGUGCCUGCGUUUAAAGAUUCAAGUGUGAAACUGUACGAGAAUACAAAGCUGGAGUUGGUUUUUUAUGUAAUCAACAAACUAUCCAAGGAUCAAGAUAUAGAUGUAAGAAUUCAGGACACACAAGGCUUUGCUGAAACACCAACAAUAAUUUCUUUAACAUUAACACCUGGUCAAAACUACACCGGAAAGUUUGUUAUCACAGGUGGAUUGUUUGGAGCUACGACAAAUGUUACAAUAACAGCCAAGCCUUACAUUCGCGGCCAGAAAACUUAUGGACCAUCAGUUAUGAGGCAGUUCUCUGUAGAAAAGAAUUUAACGACAACUUCCACUGAUCUACCGAAGAUAUCCGAUAUACCCACAAGUUCAUUUAGUAACACGUCAUUUGUACUAAAUUCUAAAGGAGGACUAAUCUCCGCAAAUAACCCAUCAACAGUUCCAACUACUAGCGCAUCAUCAAUACCUGUUACUGACAUAUCAAAAAUAAAAAGUGAUGUUUUAAGAAGUUCAACCUCAAAACCCCCCGAGGCCUCAACGAUAACUACAAACGAUGCAUCCACGGCUAGAUCAAUGUUUUACACUUCUGAUGUACCUUUUACCAAGACAGUGACGCCACACAUUGUCAAUAUAAGCAUAUUCACAGACAGCUCAGCGCCUGGAAAGGCAUAUUCUGUGUAUGUUGACAGCACAAUGAAGAGACUUAUCAUAGAAGUUAAAGUUGAAAGAUCAAGUCCUGUAAUGUUUCUAGCAAAACCAUCAGAAAAACUGUUUGAUAGUUUACAAUGGAUUCGUCCGAUACUAAAUGGAACAGCCAGUGCUGGAACAGUGACCGCGACAAUUGACGUUGCCAUAACAUCGGCAGAUUAUGGAAUAUGGAAGCUAAACAAACUGGAUGCAAACACCUGGAAUGUAAAAAUUCAAGGAGAAAGUUCACUAGAUUUUACAUAUCAGUUUUUAGCAGGUAGUUUGAUACAAGUCCCAAUUACAGGAGAUCCAGUACAAGGCGAGACCUACAAGACAGUGUUAACUGUUGCCGACUUCACAAAAGCUAAAUCAGUUGAUGUUGUACACAUAUUUGUAAUUGAGAAAUUAACACCGGCAAAUAUGUUGUUUCCGACAGACAGAGGACAUGGGAAAUACGAAAUUGCUAAGCUGCGAAUGCUUGACAAGGACUUUAUGGUAGGAAUAAAUGGAAAGGAUAACUCUGGACAUUUCUUCCGCCGGAUCAAAACCAUAAAACCGAUAUCUCUAUCGCUUUCAGUGCCUUCGUUUAAUG